UCCGAGUCGCAGGGUCGGAGCACAGCUUCGUCAAAUUUGUAGCCCAACUUUCACAUGCGACCAGCAUCAUCAUAGCCGCCAUGGCCAAAAAUGAACGCACAGCAGAGGAAGCUGCGGCGAAAGCUGCGCGAAAAGCAGAAAAAGCCAGCAAGAAGGCGGGAAAGCAGGUUGUGACAGCGAAAAGCCUGGACGACAACCUCGACGAACACAGUCCGAUCCAACGCAUCACGGCGACUCUCUACAUCCCAUUAUCGCCAGUCGUCAACAACUACCCAAUCGAAGGCGUAUGCGCCGAACACUUCUCACCCCUCUAUCUCCAAUACUACCCACCCUUCGACGGCGUGGUCCUCUCCUACGAGAAUGUGCGACUAUCAGAAAAUCCCGAAGAAGGUCUGCGCGAAGAUGGCCCAUCCACAGUCCUUGCGCGGAGCAUCAACGAAUACGGCGUUGAGUUCGUCUGGGUUACCGCAGAUUUUCUGGUCUUCCGACCUGCGCCGAAUACAUAUCUCAAGGCGGAAGUGAAUUUGCAGAAUGAGAGCAUUCUGGGUUUGCUAUACUUGAAUUAUUUCACGGUUUCGAUACCUAAGGAGAACCUGCCGGAGGACUGGAAGUGGGAUGGAAGUCAAUGGGUUGAUGCGCAGGGAGAAGUGGUGAAAGAGGCGGUGUGUAAGGUGGUGGAUUUUGAGCCUUCUGGCGAGGGAAGCAUUUCGAUUACUGGGACACUGGUAGGACUAUGAUUGAUCGACAACGACGAACGCAAAUGCAUCGAAUGCUAGGCGUACAUGACAAACGGCUAAGUUGACUGGCGAACGACAACGUGGCCUGCAACUAUAUGCCGUCGGGAACCAGUUCCUCGGAGCAAGUAAAGGAAAUGGUUCUUUUGACUGUGCUCAAGAGGUCUCCUUCACCAGCAACGCUCAUCAGGACGGCAAUCGGCGUCGCCAUUCAGCACUACAUCUUCUGGAGAGGGCUGAAUUUCGGGCAACAGCCAGGAGUGCUCUACGUGGUGCAGAGGCUUCUAAGUGAGGCAUUCAUCGGCUACAAGGGUCCAAAAGCUGAUAUUUGCUUUGGCUAAAUCUGGAUUGGACAUCCACAGGAUAUCUGGUACGACGCAACGUCCUGUACAUGCCAUCGAGGUGUGCGGGCUCGAGUCUGGCCUCUAGCAUGAAUUGAACAGAUCCGCGGACGUGGUGUGAUUUGUG